AUGGCAUCUACUGAGCAUUUCAACAAAGCUCUCGUUCCCUUCAAGUACGAACUUUAUCCCUUGGGUGCAAUCAAACCCAAUGGGUGGUUUCGCGACCAGCUUCGACUGAGUGCCAAAGGUCUCGGAGGGAACUUGUUCCACUUUUAUCGAUUUGUCAAAGAGAGCACAUGGCUUGGAGGAACAUGGGAGUACACCCCCCUAAACGAAGCUGCACCAUACUGGUACAACUACAUCGUUCCGCUUGCGUAUAGUUUGGAUCGAGACUCUGAUCCGCAGCUGUUCUUGGACUUGAAGAAGCAAGCGGACUACUUCUUGGACUACACGCUUGAACAUCAAGCCGAAGAUGGCUGGCUGGGUCCGGAAACUACAUCACAUACCCGGGGAAUAUGGGCGCGCUGUUUGCUGCUUCAGGGGCUCAUGAAUCAUGCCAUCGCGGACUGGUCAAGACGUGCAACGAUCCUAGAAGCCGUCUUGCGUUUUGUGAGGCUGGUUCGCAAAAUGCUCAAGAAUAACUACCAGGGUUACAUUGCACAGAAGGAUGAUGUCUUCGACUUGCAACUUUUUGGGGUCGCUAGAGCUCAUGAACUAGCUCUUACACUUCAGUGGCUCUACGAUCAGCCCGAAAGCUCCAGUGAUCGUCACGGCAUUUGGGAAGUUAUGAACAUGAUGUGGGAAGGCUCUCGUAUCAUGGAGAGAGACUGGACAAAAUUCUUUGGGGAAGACUUUCCCAAGACGCCCUCAGUCCGCCACAAGUCUCUGAACUUCAAGCACGGAGUCAACGUUGCACAAGGCCUUCGAUACCCGGCUCAUUUAUACCGGAUGGCACCGUCUGACGAUCUUGCAUCUCUUUGUAGAGAUGCUGUUAAGAAGACCUUCGAUUACCACGGCAUAGCUGCAGGAUCCAUCAGCAGCGAUGAGUACAUCGGCGGGCUUUCGCCGCAGCGGGGCUCCGAGCUAUGUUGCUCUGUGGAGCUAAUGUUCUCGAUCUCCUACCUUUACCAGCUUUUCGGAGACAACCACUUUGCCGAUAUGGUAGAGUCAGUAGCCUUCAAUGCCGUUCCUGCUGGUAUCAGUGCAGACUGGUGGAGUCAUCAGUACAUCACGCAGGUCAACCAGCCCUGGGCCAAAGAGCUGGAGCUUCCAGAGGGCGAGAAAACACCGUUCUACGAUGUUUGCCGGUACGCAAAUGUCUUCGGGCUAGAACCCGAGUUCCCUUGUUGCACAGUCAAUCACCCCACUGCUUACCCUAAGCUCUUGAUGAAUGCAUUCCUGUGGAAACAGACCCCGGAAGGGAUGACAUCCAUCAUUCAUGCCUAUCUUAUACCAUCCAGGCUGGAAACUGAGGAUAUCACCAUCAACUGCGACUCGAACUACCCAUUUGCCCCGUACUGGGCCUCUCCAUCUUCUACGAUCGAGUUCAAGGGCUCAGGCUCGCUUGCUUCAGCAAAGCCGCAGCCAUUCAUACAAAACAAGGAGGACAGCAGCAGCCAUGUUCACAAGAUUGACAUACCCGCGGCCGGCGACUUUGAUGUGUUCAUCACAAUCCAUACGGAGGUCCGUGUUCAGAAGCAUGAGAACGGCUCAGUCAGUAUUCACUAUGGACCUCUGCUUUACGCGUAUGAGAUCGACUUCAAAACCGAGACCAGGCUUCCACGCAAUUACAAGGACCAAGCUUCAGAGUGUACCGAGGUUUCGUCCGUGGCUAACCAAGACAAGGAACCAUGGAUGAUACAUACCCGUGACCACGACUACUUACCAACUGCCGACUGGAACAUCGCCAUCGAUCCAACACAGGGUUUAGAGGUCGUAGUACACAAGGGUCCGUGGGAGCAAGGAGGCGACAGGGAAAUUUCAGAACUUCCUAAUCCUGUGUGGAAUUCGGGAGCCUCUCCUGUGCACCUUGAGGUCUCUGCUGCUUGGGUCAGCUGGCCAACUCGGAACGGAACUGCAGCAGACCCUCUCGAUGUAGAGAAGAAGAUUCAAAGCCAGCCUUUCAGGGCGAAGUUAGUGCCAUACGCAACUGCGAAGCUUCACAUAGCACAGUUCCCUGUCAUAGAUAAUACGUCAUGA